AUGUUUUUCAGAUUUUUAGCUACCGGUAUAAACUUCAAACAGCUUGCGUUUAAUUUUAUGAGAGGUGCAUCAACUAUUGGAUUAAUAGUAUUUGAAACGUGUAACGCAAUAUGGACAAUUCUUCAGCCGAUUUUUAUGGCUACAGAAGACGCCUGGAGGACUAUAGCUGUUCGUUAUAACUCACUGUGGAAUUUUCCACAUUGCGUUGGAUCUAUAGAUGGCAAACAUUUUCUAGUCCAGAAGUUUGCUAAUACAGGUUCAAGAAAUAUAAACUAUAAAGGUUUUUCUGUCCAACUGCUAGCUUGCGCAGAUGCUGAUGGCUGUUUUACCACCAUAGAUGUUGGAGAUUUAGGUCGAAAUAGUGAUGUCGGAGUUUUUCGAUCAUCAAGUCUAGGUAGUUGGUUACAAAGAGGAGAAUUAGGUUUGCCAGAGUCAGAAUCUCUUCCGUUUGAUGAUGAUGAAGUAAAAAUACCAUAUUUUUUUUGCGGAGAUGAAGCAUUCCCAUUAAAAUUAUAUCUAAUGAGACCUUUUCCACAGAGAAAUUUAACGAACAAAAGACGUAUAUUUAAUUAUAGAUUAAGUAGAGCUCGAAAAUCGGUAGAAUGCGCAUUUGGUAUGUUGGUGUCAAAGUUUAAAUUAUUUCAAGGCCCAAUGGUAUGCUCAGAAAAAACAGCCAUAUCAAUUAUAAAAUGUGCUUGUGUACUUCAUAACUUUAUUAGAAAAACCGAGGGCCAACAUUCUGAGCCAAUGGCCUUUCUAGAAACUAGUGAAGUAAUUACUACUGAGCUGAAUCUGACAGAUAAUGAAGAUAUACCAAGAAAUCUCAAUACUGCUACAGGAUUAAGGGACUAUCUUUCAGAUUACUUUGUUAAACCAAAUGCCUCAUUACCUUGGCAAAAUAAUUACACAGUUACUUAA